AUGAGGUCCUCAAGCGUCAUCUCUGUUUUCAUCGGACUCGCGGCGGCGAAGCCUGUGCCAGUCAGCCACCCGAUCGUCGAAGCCGUGGCACCGCACGUCGCGGCCAACGGCCCCUUCACCUUCACCUCGACGUACAACCUCAUCGCGACACCGGAUCGGGUCAUCAACGCCGACAACGAGGUCGCCCCAGGCGAGGCGGGCUCGAUGGGUUACUACAACUACGGCAUCAACAGCGAGCUGGACAUCAUCUGCUACAACAUCACCCUCACAGGCGUGACGGGCCCCUACGACUCCCCCGCCGUGACAGCAACGCACAUUCACGAGGCAGCCGAGGGCGCGAGCGGCCCCCCGCGCAUUGCCUUCCCGAACCCGGAACCCGCCGACUCGGGCCCCGAGGUCGUCAAGCGCUCCUCGGGCUGCAUCCAGGGCCCCUUUACGACGGGCAUCGAGAACGAGGGCGUCGACACGGGCACGGGCUUCACCCUCGCCCAGAUCGAGGCCAACCCGGAAGCCUUCUUCACCGAUUCCCACACAGUCGUCUCCGUGCCCGGCGUUGUGCGCGCCCAGCUGCAGGCGAACGCCCAGCCUGCCGCCGGUGCCGGUGCCGCCGCGGGCGGUUGCUCGCGUCAAGUCGUUUCCGCGGGCCCGCCAUUCGUGUUUGUGUGUGUGGAGUAG